AUGGAGUCGUGGAAGCUGGCCCGCGAGCAGAGUCAUCGCAAGGAGGGCGAGAGCCAGUACUACGGCAAGACCGAGGAGCACCUGGGGUCUUACAUUCAUCACUAUCAGGAGUUGCAUCCGGAUGUUCCUAUUGCUGAGGUCGCCCAGUCUCAGAUCGACGACACGGCGGUGGUGGCCAUCCAGGGGAAGAAGAAUGGCCGGUAUCCGUGUUUCGAUGGCUUGAUCACUCCUUCGAUCUCGUACACACAGCUUCGGGCUACCAACCAGAGCCAGUUAGAGAGUACGGGGCGUUCACAGACUCCCUUAGCCCGCCAGCAUGCUGCAUAUAAGGAGUUUGUCGAGCAUAGGAAUCUCGAGGUGCGGGAGUACUUGAAACGAGUGAAGGCAAACGAUGAUUACAACCGUCAGAUGAUGACGGCUAUGUUGGCGUCUUGGACUAACCGCACGGAUCCACCACAAAUGGGACCCCCACCACCACCUGCGGGAGAACCCCCACACGUGCCCACGUUCGAUGAAUGGGUGGCACUAGGCAGUGAUGAUCCGUGCACAGGCCACCGUCGCGAGGGCGCAAGGAUCCCGCCGGUGGAGACCUCUGCCUUGGCUGGGGUUGGGACGAGCAGCGGGAGUGAGCAGCAGGCGCAGGCAGUGGGCGCGGCGAACAACGAGCAAGCAGUGGGCGCGGCGGCGAGCAGCGAGCGCGGCAGUAGCGAGGCGUGGCGCGGUGGUAACAGUGGCCGCGGCGAGCAGCAGGCGCGGCGGCAGCGGAGAGCAGCGAGGCGUGGAGGCCGCGACGAGCAGCGGCUGUGGUGGCAGAGAGACGCGGCGGCAGCGGGCGCGACGAGCAGCGAGGCAUGGCGGCCGCGGCGAGAAGCGGGCGCGACGAGCAGCGGGCGCGGUGGCAGAGAGGUGCGACGGCCGGGGCGAGCAGCGGGCGCAGCGGCCGCGACGGCAGUGAGGCGCAACAGGUAG